CGUCGACGCCAUCAAUGGCGCAGCAUCUCGUCAACUGUAUUCAACCACGGAAGGCGGAAUGCCGGUCUCUCUCAAGCGUUAUCGACCAAUUCGAACUGUCUGUCUACCUGCACCAGCACGUUGACGCACUCCUGGCCGACCAGUCUCAUGUCCAGCCGAAUCCGAAGCGUGUCUAUGCUGAUCUGAUGUGAAAUUGCGCGCUUCCGCUGAAGAUACGUCUUCACGGUGUUCUUGCGUUUCGCUCAAUGAUU